UGGCGUCACCAGAGCUGUCAAUCAGCCGCUUGCUUGCUGCUGAAGGUUCUUGCAGUGUUUUGUGGAGAGUCGGUGCUGAGGCGAAAACGCUGCAAAGAUGGCUUCAGCUACAGACCCACGUUUUGGACAGAAGGAAUCCUCGGAUCAGAACUUUGAUUACAUGUUCAAGAUUCUGAUCAUCGGGAACAGCAGCGUCGGGAAGACCUCGUUCCUGUUCCGCUAUGCGGACGACUCUUUCACCCCGGCCUUUGUCAGCACGGUCGGCAUCGACUUCAAAGUGAAGACCAUCUACAGGAAUGAAAAACGGAUCAAGCUUCAGAUCUGGGACACGGCCGGGCAGGAGCGAUAUCGGACGAUCACCACGGCAUACUACCGUGGCGCCAUGGGCUUCAUCCUGAUGUACGAUAUCACCAACGAAGAAUCCUUCAACGCUGUCCAGGACUGGUCGACACAGAUUAAGACCUACUCGUGGGAUAAUGCCCAGGUCUUGCUGGUUGGGAACAAAUGCGACAUGGAGGACGACCGUGUGGUGCUGGCGGAGGGAGGCAAGCAGCUGGCCGAUCAUCUAGGGUUUGAGUAUUUCGAGGCCAGCGCCAAGGACAACAUCAACGUCAAGCAGACCUUCGAGCGACUGGUGGAUAUCAUCUGUGAGAAGAUGUCGGAGAGCUUGGACGCAGCGGACCCUGCAGUGACUGGGGUGAAGCAAGGUACGCAGCUGAAUGAGCAGCCGGCUCCUCCACAUCAGGACUGUGGCUGCUAAACGCUGAUCGCCACGCAGCCCAGACACCCCUUUAUUUAUUCCCCUCCUCCCUCCCU